AUGGCGAUCUCAGCGGAUCUUUGCUGCGGCGUGGUCAUGGCUCUGCAGAAUUUGAUUAUGAUCACACUGCUCACUCGGACACCCAAGGGCUCCUUCCUGCGAUGGAUCUGUUUUCCCUCGAUGGUUUACCUGGCCUACCUCGAGGGGGUGCUCAAUAGCCUCAGUGCGUCGACUUUUAUGUUCAAGAUGCGGACCGGCGGCCACUCCUUCACCUUCCUCAUCCAACUGAUGAAUCUCCUUUAUAUCUCCAACGUCGACCUGACCACACUGCCAAACCGGUCCAAGGCCGCCUUCCAGCUCCUGCUCACCAUCCGGGGCAUUGGCACACCAUGGCAGCCCAAGAACAUCCCUCCUUUUCCAGCCGUGAUGCAGACCGACCCUCCUCCCGGACGCACGCAGUACGUCGUCCGCCAGCUCGCCAUCAUCAUCUGGCAGGGCCUCUUCCUUCGUCUCCUCAGGCACCCGCUUCUCCACCCCGACCAAUCGUUCUACAGCCCCGGACAGGAGUUCUCAUAUCGACUGGACCAAUGGCCCGGCCGACUGGCAUGCACCUACAUCAUCGGGUUGAUCCCUUCCUAUCUGUUCCUGGAUAUGAUGUACCGCGGCACGGCUAUCCUCUUCGUCGGCACGGGUGACCACUCUGUGUCUCAGUGGCCGCCAUUAUUUGGGAGUCUUGCCGAUUCCUACACGUGCCGUGGUUUUUGGGGCAAAUUCUGGCACCAAUACCUCCGCUGGCCCUUCAGCAGCUUUUCAAAUUGCGUCACCACCCGCAUUCUCAAAUUACCUCGGCCCUCCCUCGUCGAGCGCUACGUCAACGUCUUCAUCGUCUUCAGUCUCUCCAUGAUCAUGCACAUGAUUGGCAAUACCAUCGCCGGGGUAGAGGGCGGGUACUUUGGCUCAAUACUGUUCUUCCUGUCGCAAGCCGUCGCCAUCAUGUUUGAGGAUGCAGUGCAGUCUGUGUGGCGCGCGGCGGUGGCGCGGCGGUCUCGCACCCCGGUGCGGCUCGAAGAUGAACAGAAACAGAAAAAUGAAGACGUCAAUGCUGAUGCCACCCCCACUGCAACCCGCGGUGGUGGCGGUGGUGCUGCGGUCCCUCUGCUCUGGCAACGCUGCGUCGGCUUCGUCUGGGUAGUGCUCUGGAUUGCGUACUCGUGGUCCUGGUGGUAUUAUCCCAUCAUUCGAACCAUGAUCAAACAUGGAGACAUGUCGGCGACUUCGAGUGGAAAGGAAACUGUUUCAAUCUGGGAGCUGCCGACACUGAUGGGCUUGGUGGCGGGGGGUGCGGUUUUGCUUCGGGUCGUGUUCAAAGCGGAGCCGUGA